CCUCUGAUGUACAGAACAGAAUGAGUCGGUUACAAAAGGAAUAUGGAGAUCUCUCAACAGCCAUAACAAAACAUGGAGAGAACUGGCACAGAGAAAUUGACAAACUUGUCAGGAAACUUAAAGCUGGAGUUGAUGAGAUGAAAAACACACAGUUACAAACUCUACAGAAACAUCUGGAUAAAAUAAAAAAGACAAUGUCUGACAUCAAGGAUGAAAUCGAUUCAGUCGAAAUGUGUACUGAUACAAAUGACUUGUCAAAACUACUUGGUGUCACAUCCAAUGCAGAUAGAUACAAAAAUCUUCCACACAAAUUAGCACCAUCUCUACCUAAAUUCAUUCCAGGAAAAAUCCAAGGAGAAGAACUUUGUAAAUCAUUUGGAACCUUAUCAUCAAGUUCUUUGACUUCAGAUAAACAUGGCUACAGCAUGAAGACAACACAGAAAUCACCAGAAACUGGAUCCUCUCCUCCAGUCAAACAGCUGCUUGAUGAACCAGAGACUGUCACCAUCAUAGACACUGAGUAUCACUAUGGACUUUACCGUGUGGCCUGUCUGAGUGAUGAAGAAAUCUGGACAAGUGGAAAUGAGAGAACCAUGAAACUCUACUGCAUCAAUCAGGGAUCACUACUCAAGUCAAUCACAACCAAGUCAGUGUACAUACAAUCUGACAUAACAGUGACAAAAAGUGGAGAUCUUGUUUAUACUGAUUAUGAUACAACUGUGAACAUUGUGAAGAAUAAGAAGAUAGAGGAGGUGAUCAGAUUACAGAACUGGGUACCUCUAGGUGUCUGUAGUACCUCCUCUGGUGACCUCCUGGUUAUCAUGGUCAGUGAUGAUAUAAAACAAACAAAAGUUGUCCGUUACUCUGGCUCCACAGAGAAACAAACCAUUCAGUUUGAUGAUAAAGGUAAACCUCUCUAUUCAUCUGGUUAUCAUAACACAUUCUACAUAACUGAGAACAGGAACCUGGAUAUCUGUGUGUCUGACUUGGUAGCUAGAGCAGUAGUGGUGGUCAAUCAGGCCGGGAAACUGAGAUUCAGGUACACUGGACAUACUCCUGCUCCAAAGAACAAAUCAUUCAAUCCACAUGGAAUCACCACAGACAGUCAGAGUCACAUCCUUACAGCUGAUUAUAACAAUCGUUGUGUCCACAUCAUAGACCAGGAUGGACAGUUCCUCCGUUACAUAGACUGUGGACUGAGUAAACCCUGUGGACUGUGUACAGAUACAAAUGACAAUCUGUUUGUUGCUCAAAAGACAAACAGUCAAGUGAAGAAAAUCAAAUAUCUGCAGUAAAAAUCAUCCCAGUAUAGAUUAAGAAUAAUGAAAGCAUUA